CUUUGCACCUUCCUCUUCGCUACUUCACACAGUUCACAUACAUAGACAGAGACACUACUAUCCAUCCCUCCCUCUGGAAGAAACUGCGAGAAAGAUCAAGUGGGGAUGGUCUCCUUCAUCUCAACCGUCCCUUCUUUCCUUGCAGUAGUUCCUGCACCAUCCAGCACUACCUCUAGACACCCCGUUAAUGCUGGCAUAGUUUGCUGCAAGAUUGAAGUGGAUAAUGUGCAACGACAUGGCUUUCGUAGGCGAGAUAUGCUGCACGGCAUUGGUGCUACUAUUGGCAUGGACGUAAUGGCCAGAUCCUGCUUAUUUGUUGAAGUGGCCAAUGCGGCUGACUUGAUACAACGGAGACAGCGUUCAGAGUUUCAGUCAAGCGUCAAGGCUACCCUCGCUACAGCUAUAAAGGGGAAUCCAGAUCUCAUUCCACCCAUAUUGACUUUAGCACUUAAUGACUCUGUGACUUAUGAUAAGAGUACAAAAUCUGGCGGUCCAAAUGGAUCAGUUCGUUUCAGCUCAGAGAUCAGCAGACCAGAAAAUAAGGGCCUUGCGGCUGCAUUGAACCUGUUAGAGGAAGCCAAAAAGGAGAUUGAUUCAUAUUCCAAAGGGGGACCAAUCUCAUAUGCAGAUCUGAUACAAUAUGCAGCACAAAGUGCAGUAAAAUCUACCUUUCUAGCUGCAGCCAUUAAAAAAUGUGGUGGCAAUGAAGAAAAAGGCAAUUUGUUAUACACUGCAUACGGGUCAAAUGGACAGUGGGGCCUGUUUAAUCGGGAAUUUGGGCGGUCAGAUGCCCAAGAACCUGAUCCAGAGGGCAGGGUACCUCAGUGGGAGAAAGCAAGUGUUCAGGAGAUGAAAGAUAAAUUCACUGCUCUCGGCUUUGGUCCACGUCAGCUGGCUGUUAUGUCUGCAUUCCUGGGGCCUGAUCAGGCUGCAACCGAAGCUUUGCUAGCAACAGAUCCAGAUGUUUCUCCAUGGGUUCAGAAAUAUCAACGCAGCCGAGAGACCGUGUCUCAAACCGACUACGAGGUUGACUUGAUAACAACUCUCACAAAACUGAGUUCUUUGGGCCAACAGAUCAACUAUGAAGCAUAUACCUAUCCUGUCCAGAAAAUUGAGUUGAGCAAACUCAAACUGUAAACGUGACCGCCAAUUUCAGCGUAUCGGGUUCAAAAUAUUGGCAGGAAUACCACUUGUUUUAAACCAAAUAGGUUUUGCAGACUUGCUUCCACAUUUUUCAGAUAGCAGAGUUUGAUUUGCCGCAGGACAUGGCUGAACAAAUUACUGCUUUUUGCCAAAUUAGCAAACUUUACGUAAUCUAGUCUCCUGGCAUUGAUUAAUUUGUUGCUUUGUGGCAUGUAUAAGAUGGUUAUUAUUUUCGUCUUGUUAUCAUGUGCUACUCACACUUGAAUAACGUAUUUUGAUGCGGUAAUACUCUCAAA